UCGGGAUCGGGAUCGGGAUCGGGACCCGGACCCGGACCCGGACCGGGCAUCGCAGCGAUGCAGCCGCCGCCGCGCAAGGUGAAGCUCACGCAGGAGGUGCGGGUCCACGUCCUGGAGCAGCUCUCGGGCCUGCAGGGCAAGCAGCAGCGGGAUGCCGAGCUGCUGGAGGACAUCAGGUCCUACAGCAAGCAGAGGGCUGCCAUCGACAGGGAGUACGGGCAGGCACUGCAGAGGCUGGCAAGCCAGUUUGUGAAGAGAGACUGGCAGCGGGGCCGCGGCGAGGCCGGUGACUCAAGGAGCGUGGUUGCUGUCUGGAGGGGUGUCAUCGAGGGGACCGCACAUGCCGGGCAGGUCCGUGUCACCGCCUCGGAGAGCUACCGUGCCCUCGCUGCAGAGGCCGCCCGCACUGCCCGGCUCUCCAAGGAGAGGAUGCUCAAGAAGGGCAUGGAGCGGCUGCAGAAGGCACAGGCAGAGCUGCUGGAGACGGUGAAGGAGCUGGACAAGGCAAAGAAGCAGUUCACCCACCUCCAGCGGAGCAACGAGGUGGCCAAGGACAAGGCGGCUGAUGUGGAGGCUCGGCUCCGGAAGAGCGACCGGAGGAUAUUUCACACCAAGGCCAGCCUGCAAAAGCUCAGUGCCAAGUUCUCUGCACGGCUGGCCGAGCACUCGAGGCAGCUCGCAGGGGUGCACAACGAGUACAGCUUUGCCCUGGUGUCUGCUACUGCCCACCUGGAGCACUACUGGCGUGUGGAGCUGCCUGCUGCCAUGCAGGCACUGGACGGUGACCUGUACGAGAGGCUGCGGGAGCACUUGUCAGCAGCCAGCAGGACAGAGGUGGAGACCUGCCGGGCCACACGGGACUGUUUCCAGGGCGUUGCGGAGGCAUCUGCACGGGUGUGCCGGGAGCAGGACCUCAUCCUCUUCCUGCAGGAGCAUCCCUCCUUCACCCUGGCCCCUGAGCAGCGCCUCCAGCUCACUGGGAUGGAGGAGGUAUCCCUGAUGCCACCGGGGGAUGACGGGGCCAGCCUGGAGAAGGAGGCACGGCGCUGGGCUACACGGGUGGCCCGGGACCGCAAAAACAAGGCGCACAGUGAGGAGGUGCUGCAGCGGCUGGAGGCCAGGCGGCAGCAGGUCACAGAGGUGGAAGCAGCUGCUGUGGAGCGGCAGAUGGAAGAAGUGAGGGAGAACAUCCGGAAGGCAGAGCUGAGCCGAGUGAAGGCAGAGGCACGGCUGGCGCUGCUGCGGGCAGCAGGGCUGGAUGUGGACACUUGGCUGGCAGGGGCCAUGGUGGGGGCAGGAGAGGAGGCUCCCACAGGGCUGGAUCCAGCCGAGUUUGAUGACUACGAGGACAGUGAUGAACCGGAUGAGGACGAUGAGCCUGGCCCUGCUGCCCGCACCUACCCCUACACCUGCCGGGUGAUCUUUGGGUACCAGGGCUGCCAGGCAGACGAGCUGUCCAUCACCCAGGGAGAGGAGCUGGAGAUCAUCGAGGAUGGGGAUGCAGAGGAGUGGGUGAAGGCUCGAAACAAGGCUGGCCAGGUUGGCUACGUCCCUGAAAAGUACCUCCUGUCCCUGGGGGGUGAGCCAGGGGCCGGGGCUGGUCCUCCGGGACCUUCUGCAUUGCACCGCCAGCUCUCCAGUAUCAUGGCUGCAGAACUGGUGCUGGAGCCCGGAGCCUGGCUCGUGCGAGCUCUGUAUGACUAUGAGGGGCAGAGCCCUGAGGAGCUGAGCUUCCCCGAGGGGGCCAUCAUCCGGGUGCUGCCCCGCGCUGCCGGCGAGGUGGACGAUGGCUUCUGGACGGGUGACUUUGAUGGCCGCAUUGGUGUCUUCCCCUCGCUGGUGGUGGAGGAACUCACCGGGGCACGGGGGCCAACUGGGCAGGAGCUGCCAUCGCCGUCCCCACCGCCCUUCUCCCCUCCUGGCCUCACACCCGGGGCCAGCCUGGUCCCCAGCCCCUCUCCUGAAGCAUCGUCACUGGGAGGUUGUCGACAGGAUGGCACAGGCAGCGGGCAGAGCUCCCCGGACCUGGCAGCCACCCGCCUCCGGCCGGUAGCCCCAUCACAGUGA